UUCAGGAUGCAGAUAAGGUCUCACUGUGUGCUUAGUGACGGGACCGCUUUCCUUCACUGGAACAGAGAUGAAGAUGACGAUGUGCUUUAGGUGUUAUUGGCUGGGUGGGGUUAGGUAGGAUGGUGCGGUGAAUCAGCCUUACUGUAGGUGAUGAUUGUAUAGUAUAGACCCAUAUACGCCGUCUUGUAUCCUGCAUGAAAAAUGACACGCCAAACUCCAUUGAAAACUCUCGCACUUGAACCUUUUCGGACGUCUCUGAAGGUGAACUUACAGAAUAAUACCCAACCAAACAUAUUUUAGGAAUCUAUGCAGUCUACUGCUAAAUUCGGCGCCAUUUGAUACUCUAAUACUUACAUAAGUCAGUGUUCUAAACUUUAGAUAUGUUUCGCAUGUCAUCUUAAAGCCCUCCACCAAAACAAACCGCACCUCGCUUGGCCAGUUGCAAGCAUCGCGCUAUAAGACUGACUCUUGAUGUUGACCAGUCUGCAACAGAAGGCCUGAAGAUGAUUUGAACCAACCGGAAAGCCUGUUGAACCUACAUUAUGACUGAAUUAGAGGCUUCAGGGGUGGUGGAACAUACCCCAACCUACAUGAUCUUUGUGGUGGUCUUCCUCUUCUUCCUCACCGGACUGUUUGGCUUCCUCAUCUGCCACCUGCUGAAGAAGAAGGGCUACCGCUGCCGCACCGGAGACAUGGACGAUGACGAGGAGGAUGUUGAAAAACUUGGAGGAAAUGCAGACGAUGAGGAUGAAGAGAACCAGGACACGGUGGAGCAGAUCCUCAAAUGUAUUAUUGAAAAUGAAGCUAACAUGGAAGCCUUCAAUGAGCUGUUGGGAAACCACAAUGUCUGUGUGCGCCAUGACCCCAGGUUGCGUAAAGAGUCCAUUGGUGGUAUUCCUCCCCAUCACCACACAGUCCACUCAGGCACCGACCACAACUCCUGCCACCUCUGUGCUCAGGUCCGGUCUAAAAAGGGCAGACGACAAAGCCGAACCCCCCGCUCCAAACAACGCCCUGGAGAGCAGACUGUCUUCUCUGUUGGCAGGUUCCGGGUGAUACAUACUGACAAGAAGCUCCAUGGAGGUCCUAAUCCAUUGGUCAGUUCAGGGGACCAGCUGGACCAAUCCCAGGACAGCGAGGAGCGGAAGGAGGGCGGGUACAAUCUGAGAAGCAUGUUUAAGGAUGUCCAUCCACCUUCCGAGAACUCUAAUGGGGUUGCUCCGAAUGUGGGAAAACGAAGGAAGAGUCUAACCAUAUUCGGGCUGAGGCGGGGCAGCGACCCCGUUGGCAUUAAAGUAGGGGAGGGGACAGGUAGGGAAACUGGAGGUAUUAGAUUUGCUAUUCAGCCACAACCUGUCGUGCUAGAGGAACUGCAGUCAGAGAGCACUGAUGUCGACCCUGAAAGUGGUACUAAACCUGGUAUCAAAUCUGAAAGCAAGCCCUCAAAGAGUUCUGCUUCACCUCAACUAAAGGCUAAAACUUCAGGUUCUGUUAACUCUCUCUCUUUCCAAAGUAAGAAUCAGGCCUAUGACUCAGGCUAUGCUCCUGAGAAUGGCUCGAAACAUGGGCCGAGUCCUGAACUUCGUACAAACCUUAUGAUCAAACCUUCUAUUGGGAGUACAGCAGCUUCUGCCGCCAGCUCUCUUCCCAUUCCAAUUCCUGCUUUUUCUGGACAGACAACAGAGAAACCAGCAGAUGUGGAAGAUAAGGUGCUAAAAAAUAACGAGGCUUAUGAUCCCGGGCCGCUACAGACUUCUACACCUAUCGUCCCCAUGCAUGGUUCAAUACCAGGUUUUACUCCUGUCAUUCCUACUGGUCAACCUGAACCCUAUUCUAGCACAGAUUUUCCAGUUACCCAAACUCCUCCCGACCCAAGCUCCAGCCCAGAUCUGGAACCAGGUUUUGGUGCUAGCCUAGCUUUAAUAAGCUUAGGUUCAUCCCCUCCAUCUUCGGUCUCAAUAGAGACCCCAUCUUCAGUUUCUUUGUUAAAAACUCCUACCUCACCCCUGGUGGUCACACCUAGCCCCAAACUAAGUUCAAGAAACAUGCCAUCAGAGGCUGCUAGAACUGAUUUUUCUCCUGCCCUCACUCCAAGCCCCAAACUACCGUCAAGCCGAGCAAUGUCUAGCCAAUCCCCUAUUCUAUCUUCAUCCUUUGGAAAAAGUGCUAGUCCAUUACAAGCCCGAACUCCCUCACCCGCUCUUACUGCUAUCCCCAAACUUGAUUCCAUGUCAGUAUCACCACAAACCCCCUUCUCUUCUCCAACUGACGAAAACCCGUCCUUUGGAAGUUCACCUCGCCUGACUUUAAAGUCAGUAAGUGUAACCAAAGGGGAUAUGGUUUCAAGCCCAUUAUCUCUAAAGGAACAAGACCUAGAAGGUGCCAGAGUCCCAAAAACUGAAGAAAAGACAGAAACAAAAAGGGUUGGGAUUCUCAAAACAGCUAAACUCUCACCGGUUCAGGGAGAGUCUAAAGGUUCUGCCCUUUUCUCUCCCAUUGAUCAGCUUUCUAAAGACAGACUGAGUACUUUGCCUCUGUCCCCUUCCAGUCCGCUGUCCCCGUCCUCACCUAUAGGGAGCAGAGUAAGUAGUGUGGCCAUCAUAAAAGCCAGCCCUGACAGCAAGCGAGAAUUUUCUGUUGUCACUAUGAUGGAAGAGGAAGAGUCCUCUACUUCAGUAAAAGACAGGGAAGUAGAGACUUCUGAACUUGGUGUUGAAUCAGAAAAAGCAGGAAUAAGUCCAGCAGUUGGUCGGGGUGGACAGGUUUCUGUUUCAGAAGUUGGACAACCUGAAAAUCAAUGUGGAGCGACUUCUGGAGCAGAUGGUAGGACAACGGUGAGCCAAGAGAAGGAUGAUAUGAUGGAGAUGGAAGAUAUUAGGGACUGCAAAGUGACGCAGGUUGAAAAAGCAGAGAGAGUUGGAAAAGAGAGUGAACAUUCAGUCAAACAGGACUGAGAGGUAAGGUCUCAUAUCAAGAUGGUGGAUAGUUCAAAUUGUUCUGACAAUCCAAAGAAGUGAAAAGGAAAGAAAAUGGAGUAGCAGCGGGACCGCAGAGGCUGGUUAAUGACUAAUGGAAAAUCCUCAGAUACUCUUCCACUGCUAGAUUGAAAGGAUAAUAGGAUGUUGCAUGAUUUAGCCCUUACACCAGAAAUCACACAUAUAAUUUGCAUAAUGGCUAACCAAUUUGAAAACCAUGUUUUUGUAUUUUAGAUUUUUGCAUGUUUUUUCCUACUUUUGCAGGCAGCCAUUGGCUUCCAUUUAUUAGUACAUUAAUAGUCUGAGCCUGUUUUGUUGGGAUCAUGAAAUACUGUACGACUCAGUGAUCAUGAUAACAGUAAUACAAAACCUAACAAGACAAAGAGUCUACAGCCAUGCUAGUAGAUCUAUGAGGCUGUAGGCACAAGGGCUGUUUGAGCUUAAUGCUAGCGUCAGUAUGCUGCUAAUGACAAUGUUUUCCAUGGUCACCAUAGUUUAUAAUGCUUACAUUUCUUAAUUACCACUAAACCCUAAGUACAGCUGAGGCUGAUGGGAAUGUCAUUAGUUAGCAAUGCAGGGUGGCAUUUUCCUUUGACUAAUAGUUUUGUGUGACAGGCUGACCACUUUCUUAUUGAUUAGUUAACAUGUAAGUGUUGACUUGCUAACACGCUGUAUGUUUGAGUCUUUAACCAGAGGUGUGUGAUUAAUUUAUUGAUUUGUCAUGAUAAUUUAUUGAUAUAUAAAGGUGCUAACGACUGGCACCUCUAAUUUCAUCUAUUGAUCCUCCUGAUUGUGAAUCAAGAUUAACAGCAAAAGCACAGACAGUCGCUCUAUGAGCAGCUUGGCCAAUGGAGAUGUAUCAAUUUAGUAACUAUGUUUGACCCUAUCUUAUAUUGUAGUUGCCUUUGGCAAUUACACUAUGUUGCCAGGUGGAUAAAACAGCCUUUUCAUCGUAAAUAUUCCCCCUUAUUUUAAUUCACGCUUCAUUUUAUGGCACAGUGAAGAGCUUCACCAUGAGAGUAUAACCCGUAUGGAUGUUACACUGCCCUCCACAGAUCCACCCUCCACUGCCCGUUAGUGCUAGUGAAGCAAUAAGGGAUAGAUCUCUCACUGGCUUCCCACCUUGUUAAAACACUAACAGUAUUCUUUUUUAGCACUACCGAACACAGAGCCAGAAGAAGAUGAAGAUAAAUACUUUAUUGAUCCCCUAGGGGAAAUUCUUCUUUUAACUCUUUUUUAUUUUUACACACACACACACACACUUGUGGACAUGC